GUGGCUCACGAGUAAGAAAGGUUGGGGAUCCCUGCCUUACAGAGUAAUAUUUCUGUAAUGUUUCUUUCAUAGCCCUUAUCAUGGAGAAGAAAAUCAGUCGACAGUUUGUGGAGGAUCGUGCCACUGUUUUGAACUUACUUCCAGUCUCUUCAAAAAUGCAAAUACCAGGCCCUUAUUAUUCCAUUACAAUGAGCAUGUCAUGCCUCAAAGACCUCACAUUUGGAUUUGAAUUUGGCUCAGUAAAUCCCAGGGAGCAGUUUCCAGUAACGGAAUUUCCAGAUAGGAUUGUUAAGCUUGAUGUAUCUCUUAAUGAACUGGAGGAAUUAAGAGCUGACAGUCUUUUGGAGUUUGUGAACCUUUUAGAAUUGGAUGCUUCACUCAAUUCCCUCACCAGUAUUGAUGGAGUUGGAGUUUUACUUAAUCUGGUUGUUGUAAACCUCAGUUACAAUGGAAUAAAAGAAGUGAAAGCUAUAGGUAAAUGUACGCAACUUACCAUACUCAAUAUUUCCAGUAACCAAAUUGCUACUCUUAAGGACUUUCCGACGCUGGCAAACCUUACUCAGCUGCAUUUAGACUCAAAUAAGUUACAUUCCUUGGAUGGAAUUCAGAGCCUCUGCCAGCUCCAUGAGUUGUACAUUGAGAAUAAUGAAAUAUCAAGUCUUCUCCCUCUAUCUUCUUCACUGACACUCAAUGUGCUUGAUGCCUCAAAUAACAAGAUUCAAUCUCUCAGAGAGACACUGCAAGUUCUGAGUGGACUUUAUCGACUUACACAGCUAAAACUGAAAGGAAACCCUUUAACACGUGAUAACAGAUACUCUACAGCAAUCAAACAGAACACCACAGUACAGAUCUUGGACAAUCAUCUGCUAAAUGUCCCCACAAACAUCCAACACAUAUCAAAACAUAACUGGCUACUAAAAAACCACUUACUAGAACGAGGCAACACAAGAGAAGGGCUAAAGGAUAUAGCAAAGCAAAGCUGUUUGGAAAAGCUACAGAGUAAGCGCAGUGAGACAGAGAAUAGGAUCCGCCAUUUCCAUGGCAGAAUAUUGAAUUUGCAGGAAGACCUGAAAGACUAUGAACAUACUCUAAGAGCAGAGAUUGAGAACUGCAUAAGGUAUAUUGAUGCCAUCCCUCAGGAGAACUUUAACAGUAUUGAACCAUCUAAGGUGCCUAUAGCAGUGGAGCAGUAUUUAUUUACUAAAUUCUGGAAUAGGUGGGAGCAUGGGAAACGAAAACCUCAAAACCUACCCUUUAGAGAUCUGAAAAAUCCAGAAGAGGUUUUGGAAACUAAGGACAGAAGACUCUAA